CCUCUAUAGAAGCACGCCGCACACCGACUGCCGAUGAUCCUUGCACCCAUCUACUCUGUCACGGUGAGUCGUCUCCGUCUUUGUUGGGCGGCAGCUUGAAUGGCUUGCUCAUGCCGGGCCGCUUGGGCAUCUUGUUCUCGCUCAGGAACUCGUCCUGCAUCUCCUGCGCUCGGUCACCCAACCCACACAUCUGCACACACACACACAUAGAGACAAUACACACAGGCAGGAAGGCACCCAGGCAGCAAUGGUGUGUGUGGUGGGUGUGCCGCUCACCUCGGCCAUCAGGAAGAGCUGGUCCACUGUGGCAAACUUCAACUUAUUCACGGCUACAAUCCUGCACGCAAUCACACACACACACACACGAGUGGAUGAAUAAAUGCAGCUCCCACCCUCCCUCCCUCCCUGUCUGCCUGCCUGCCUGCCUGCCUGCCUGCCUCUCUCCCUGCUUACUUUUCCCUGAGCAAGGGGUCGUGUCUGAUGGCCUCGCUGAUCAUGGUCUUGAGGGCCGCCCUCCUGGCCUCGCCCAGCCGCGGCUUGGUCGUCUGGAUGUCCCCCCCCAUCGAGAUGCUCGCCACGCGCGGACGGAACCCUGGGGACGACCGGUGCUUGCCCUUGUUGGCCCCCUUGCCGCCCGCCUUGCGCUUGGCCGCCGCCCGCCGCGUGUUGGGGCGCCUCCUACUGCCCUUUGCCAGCUGGUCGCUGUCGUCAUGCAUGUCAGCGUCGUGGUCCUUGUCUGAGGCAUUCACGUCAGAGGUGCGCAGGCGCCUGCUGGUGGGGGAGGGGCUGCUGUCGUCUCUGAGCAUCAUGUCAGAUUCACUCUGGUCGGUCUGCGAUGAUUUGGGGUGGUGGGAGAGGGUGGCGGCCACGGGCAGGUGGGCGUAGCGCUUGCGAUAGGCCUCGUAGGUCUGCAGGGGGUGGGCGGCCGACUCGGUGGCCGACAGGGGGGACCCGCCGCCGCCGCCGCCGCCGCAAUCGAUGCUGUCUGAGGGGGGGCUGGUGAAGCUCGUCUGCUCGCCCGCCCCUCCCCCUAGACCAUCCCCACUGGUCGGCGACGCGCCGCCCUCUCCAGCACCCUUGGACACUGGCCGACUCUGAACGGAUUGAUGAACCAAACACAGACACACACACACACCAGUAUUGAUUGAUCCUUCAGCAAGGCUUCCUUGUGUGCGUCUUUUCAUGCAUACCUUGUGCAGUUCCAGCACGGCACACGCCGCCCUGACGGCCCCGGCGGCGUGCAUGUCCCUCAUAUCUUCGGUGAACGUCCCGUCGGCCCACCGGCGAUGCGCCUCGGUGACGAACACGGCCAAAUCGGGCAGGGCGAGGAGGGUCUCGACCACUUCUCCCGCCAGCAGCCUGUCGUUGCUGGCGAACUUGGCCUUCAUGUGGUUGGCUGCCGGGACGAGCCAGGCCAGCAGAGGCGAGAGGUCCUUGGCUGCGAUGCCGCGCACCACGGUGUGGGCGGAGGGCGAGUGGUAGUGCCCAGAGGAAAUGUAGACGUCCAUUACGCCACGGGCGAUCUCCAGCAGCUGCUGAGGGUACAAAUCCCACGGCGACGGUCCCGCUGGGGAGGCAGAGACGGUUGCCACGACCGAUGGCUGGCUCGGACAGACCAAGGCGGGAGGCACUUGCUCCACAACGGGCUCCGACUGGCCAUCCAUGGUAAUCGAUGACCUCACGGGAUGCUAGAAUGCCAGAAAUACUCUCCUUGGACCGAACUCUGCUGAUCG